AUGUCAAACGCCACAUGUUUAUGUAAAUGAAUACAGAACAUAAUGAAAUGCGACCCCUCGGUGACGUGCCGGUGAUAUGUUGGUUCGUAAUGUUGCGUAACUGCGGUCAGCGCAGAAGUUACACCCAGUUACAGUUACAGUUAUCAGCUCAGAAAAGCCAUCACAGAAAAGUUGCAUCAUAAUAUAAAGGUAAGAUGAAUUUGGAGGAGUAUUUCCAAAGGAUUGGUUUCCAUGGUUGUCAUGGCAAAGCGGAUCUUGCAACACUGAAGUUGAUCCACAGACUGCACAUCAUGUCCAUCCCGUUUGAAAACCUCAGCAUUCACUGUGGGGAGAGGAACGUCGUGGACCUUGAGGUUAUUUUCAAUAAGAUAGUGAGGAGUGGCCGUGGAGGCUGGUGCCUUGAGAACAACCACCUGUUUGGGUGGGUGCUGAGGGAAAUGGGCUUUGACACCACAACCUUGGGCUCCAGAGUCUUCAACAGCAUUGUCAACGACUUUGCUCCUUUGGAGGAACAUCUCAUUAACAUGAUUAUAAUUGAUGGGAAGCCUUAUAUGGCAGAUGUAAGCUUUGGGGUGUCAUCCCAAAUUUGGGAACCUCUGGAGCUCAUCUCUGGAAAGGAUCAACCACAGGGUCCGGGCAUCUUCCGACUAGUCGACAGAGGAGACAUCUGGGUGCUGGAGAAGACGGGUCGAAAACCAGAGGUUGUCAAUCCAGAAUUUGCCAAAUCCAGUUUGGUGGACAGACAGUUGACGAAGCAGAUCUACUGCUUCACCUUGGAGCCUCGUCAGGCUGACAGCUUCAUUGAGAGGAACGAAGCUCUUCAAACAGACCCAACAUCACUGUUCACCAACAAGUCCAUCUGCUCCCUGCAGACGCCGACAGGAUUCAAAGCUCUGAUUGGCUGGACCUACAGCGAGGUCACGUACAAGCCUGAGGAAGGCGUUGACGUCUUAGACAUGAGAGACAUAACUGAUGAGGAGAUGGAUCAAGUUCUGAGGGAACAGUUCAAUGUGAAGCUGCAGAAAAAACUGAAACCUGUGAACAAGAAAGCAUGCUACACGCUCUAGAAAACAGCUUCAGCAUCUUUUUUUGUUGCUUUAAUUUUGAGAUAAGUGCAUGCCUUUCAAAGCAUAUUGAAGAUUCAUUUAAACUGCAAAUGUUUUUACUCUACACAAUUAAAGCUUGGCAUUCAUAUAGCUGAAAAGAAGGAAAAUUAUGUUUUUAAUCAGUUUGUUCUGUUUUAUCCUCUGAUUCAUUUAAAAGUACAAAGUUGGAUAGUCAGCAUGAACAUUUAACUCUAAUAAUCAACAUGAUAUAUUUUUAUGCAACAAUUGAAUGGAGGGAAAGGAUAAGAGCAGGGAAAAAAGAUUACAUUGUUUUCAUUCUUAAUACUGUAUAAAUUCUUUACUUGCAUGAAUUACUCUCUUCAUUUUCCAAAUAUGAUUAUGAAAAUCCCAUCCAUGUGGUUUGACACAAAUAUGAGAAAUAAUAUUGAAACAUGUUUUCCAAUUCCUACUGUGUCCUUAAAGCCAUAUUAUGCACUUAUUUACUUCUUUGUAGCCAAAAUUGUUCUGACCAAAGACGUUUGUAUUUUUCUUUUGUGUUAAAUUGUACGUCUGAUAAUAAAUUGAUUUAAAAAAUAAUAAAUGAGUCAAAUAUAA